UCCACCUUAAUGCGCUGCUGAAUAACGUCAAGCAGAGAAUAGCUUAGAUUAUUGUUAUUUGUAUCCAUUAGCUACGACUAAUGUGUACAAAUACAAGCUAUCUAACUUUAUCUCUUUCCGAGAGAGUUCACAAGCUAAAUACCGACGAUUUGCCAAAGUAUACCUGUCCGACAUACACUACUCUAUAUGCACCAAGAUAUGCUAAUCCAGGGGCACUCCUAUGCGUUUACGAUACGGUCCUAGAAAAUAUGUAACUACAUCAUUUAGCCAUUAAUUUUCUUAUAAAUAGAA